AGAAACAACACACACCAAAAAAAAAAACACUCAGAUUUCGAUAUUCCCAAUAAAAAAAAUUCUCUCAAUUUUCUCUUCUCCAAAAAAAUGAACACAGAAUCGUUAGAAAAUCUCCACCGUCCAUUGAUUGAAUCGUCGAAAUCGUUCAUCGAUUAUCGUCUCGAGACUGUGUUAACAGAUCGAGAAUUGCCGUAUUUUCGCCGGAUUUAUCUAGCGAUGAUGAUUGAGAUGAAGUUUCUCUUUCAUUUGGCGGCUCCGGCGAUCUUUGUUUACGUCAUCAACAACGGUAUGUCGAUUCUCACACGUAUCUUCGCCGGUCAUGUCGGAAGCUUCGAACUCGCCGCCGCUUCACUUGGAAACAGUGGUUUCAACAUGUUCACCUAUGGACUUCUGCUUGGAAUGGGAAGUGCAGUGGAAACAUUAUGUGGUCAAGCACAUGGAGCACAUCGAUACGAAAUGCUCGGUGUUUACCUCCAAAGAUCAACAGUGGUUCUAAUCCUAACAUGUAUACCAAUGUCACUUCUCUUCCUCUUCUCAAAUCCAAUCCUUACUUCACUUGGAGAGCCAGAACAAGUGGCAACAUUAGCUUCCGUAUUCGUCUACGGUAUGAUCCCAGUGAUCUUCGCUUACGCAAUCAAUUUCCCUAUCCAAAAGUUUCUCCAAUCGCAAAGCAUUGUCACUCCAAGCGCUUAUAUAUCCGCCGCAACACUUGUGAUCCAUCUCGUUCUUUCGUGGAUCGCUGUGUAUCGUCUUGGUUAUGGUCUUUUGGCUUUAUCUUUGAUCCAUAGCUUCUCUUGGUGGAUCAUUGUUGUGGCUCAGAUUGUUUAUAUUAAAAUGAGUCCGAGAUGUCGUCGGACUUGGGAAGGUUUUAGUUGGAAAGCUUUUGAAGGUCUUUGGGAUUUUUUCCGAUUAUCGGCUGCUUCUGCCGUCAUGCUUUGCCUUGAAUCUUGGUACUCUCAGAUUCUUGUUUUGCUCGCUGGACUUCUCAAGAACCCUGAACUUGCUCUGGAUUCUCUCGCUAUCUGCAUGUCAAUUUCUGCAAUCUCAUUCAUGGUCUCCGUUGGAUUCAACGCAGCUGCAAGUGUGAGAGUAAGCAAUGAGCUAGGAGCCGGAAACCCGAGAGCAGCCGCGUUCUCCACGGUAGUAACGACUGGAGUAUCAUUCUUACUAUCGAUUUUUGAAGCUAUCGUGGUCUUAUCAUGGCGUAAUGUCAUCAGCUAUGCGUUUACAGAUAGUCCUGCAGUGGCUGAGGCCGUUGCGGAUUUAUCUCCCUUUUUAGCCAUCACAAUUGUCCUCAAUGGAAUUCAGCCAGUUUUGUCCGGUGUGGCUGUUGGAUGUGGAUGGCAAGCAUUUGUUGCGUACGUAAACAUUGGAUGUUACUACGUUGUGGGGAUACCAGUGGGAUUCGUUCUUGGCUUCACUUAUGAUAUGGGAGCUAAGGGAAUAUGGACAGGGAUGAUUGGUGGUACAUUAAUGCAAACAAUAAUCUUAGUGAUUGUCACUUUAAGAACUGAUUGGGACAAAGAGGUUGAAAAAGCUUCGAGCAGAUUGGACCAGUGGGAAGAGAGCCGUGAGCCGCUUUUGAAGCAAUAAAUAAAUAAAAUAAAAUGAUUUAUUUAUU